AUGUUAACAAGAGAGUUUUACAAGAAUGACACCAGCUCUGAUGAUGUCCAUCAUAUGAUGGACAAAAGGUCAGCACGUUUUCACCCAAAACGAGGAAGGAAGUCUCGUGGACUGCGUCAACAUGAGUAUUGUAUAAAAGCCAAACGGCUACAGUACAAUGAGAUGCAUCCGUCCUCAUCUGGCGAGAUCGACCAACGAAUCGCUUCUUCAUGCACUUUCAUCCGAAAUGAAUGUCCCCCUAACCACACCUUUUUAUUAAACGGCAUCAUAACGACCGAAAUCAGCCGUCGUCUUCUGACGAGAUCGGCCUAA